UCAAACAUUAAGUCUAACAUUCUGCAUGAGACUGGAUUGUUGUAAUCGUCUGCCGGAAUCGGCGUAUGGCGGGAGGUGGUCGUCAUCAAAACCGGAGAUCAUGUUUGUCUGAAAGAAAAACACCUGAAGAUUUCCCUUUUUAUUUUAUUUUGUUUUGUAGUGUAAACUGUGUCAUCUUUCAUUUGAAAUGUUGCAAUCGGGUUUGAUAUUGCAUCCCAUGCACGAUCUGAUCUUCACUAAGCCUAAGGAUUGAAGUUGGAUCCGCCCCUUGAUAACAAAUUAAAAGAUUUUAUAACAAAGAAAGAAGCGUAAAUAAAUUAUUUGCAAUUUGAAUGAACUGUGAUUAAACCUGUUCAUUUGAUUAUAUAAAAAUGGCUGAAGACGAAGUAUUGUUUGAUGAUGUUUACGAGUUAUGUGAAAUCAUUGGAAGGGGACCUUUUAGUGUAGUACGUCGUUGCACACACAGAAUUACAAGAUUGCAAUUUGCUGUAAAAAUUGUUGAUGUAGCAAAAUUUACAUCAUGUCCUGGUCUUAGUACAGAAGAUUUAAAGAGAGAAGCAACCAUAUGUCAUAUGUUAAAACAUCCCCAUAUUGUUGAAUUACUAGAAACUUAUAGUUCUGAAGGAAUGCUAUAUAUGGUAUUUGAAUAUAUGGAAGGUGCUGAUUUAUGCUUUGAAAUUGUAAAACGAGCAACUGCAGGUUUUGUUUACAGUGAAUCUGUUGCCAGUCAUUAUAUGAAACAGAUAUUUGAUGCUGUACGUUAUUGCCAUGACAACGACAUUAUACAUAGAGAUAUUAAACCUCAUUGUAUAUUAUUAUCAACAAAAGAAAACUCUGCUCCUGUAAAGCUAGGUGGAUUUGGUGCUGCUAUUCAGUUAACAAGUGAAUAUGUUACGGAUGGAGAAGAGACAUACUCAUUGAAAUUAAGCUCAGCUGUAAAAUUUUAUUUGAAAUGUGAUGAGAAGGGUAGAAUAGGUACUCCUCAUUUCAUGGCACCUGAAGUUGUUCAAAGAAAACCAUAUGGCAAACCAGCAGACAUUUGGAGUUGUGGAGUAUUAUUAUAUACUCUCUUAACAGGCACUUUACCAUUUAUAGGAACAAAAGAACGAUUAUAUGAAGCAAUAUGCAGUGGAAGGAUAAAUAUGGUUGGAAGACAAUGGGAUCAUAUUAGUGAUCAUGCUCGAGAUCUUGUUAAAAAGAUGCUUCUUGUUGAUCCUGCUGAAAGAAUUACUAUUGAGGAAGCACUUGAACAUCCUUGGUUAAGGGAAAGAGAGAUUUGUGCUCCUAAAACUCAUUUAAAUGAAGCUGUAGAAGAAAUGAGAAAAUUUAAUACAAGACGAAAAUUAAAGGGUGCUGUUCUUGCUGCUGUUUCAAGUCCAAAAUGGACUGGAUUUUAUAAUGAUCCUUCUUUAGAUGGUACUGCAGACUUCAAUGUAGAUGAUGAUGUUACUUCGACAGGAGCGGUGUCAAUGGUCCUGGACAGUUUAGAUGAUAUCCAUUGUCUCACAGAUGGUUCUGAACAUGAUAGAGAUUUCCUGUUAGCUGUUUUAGAAGACACUCACCUGCAUGCCUUAUUAGAUGUAAGUAGUUUCUUUAUUUAACUGAAUAACUUAUAAUUAUUCUAGUAAACAUCACCCUUUAAAAGUAAGUGCUCUCUAAUAAACAGUGCAUCAGCAAAUUGAAAAAUAUUAGACAGCAUGCUGUUUUUUUAUAAUAAAUACUUUUGAAUAAUAAUUCGAUACAGUAGAAGUUUGUUAAUCAAGUACCUAUGGUACCAGAGUGAUUCCAGAUUAUCAAAAAUGCCAGAUUACUGGAAAUUUUUGUAUUUUUUGCAGAAUUCAAUAAGUUACAUGCAAUGAAUGUUGUAGACAUUGCUGCACAUUUUGUAUCCAUUUAUGCUGUCAUAUAUGUAAGAUUUAUUGCACAUGCUCUAUACUUGAUUUGAAAAUGAUACAGUACAUGACUAUGCUGUGUUAAGAUUGAAUAACUUGCAAAAAUGUCAGUGAACAUAUUAUUGCAUAAAAUCUGCUUGUUUGGCAGUUGUGGUGUAAAUGUGUAUUAUGUACAGGGAAGAACCAUUAAAUGCAUCCAAUUUGACAUAAACAAGAUAAUGAAACAAAAUGAGUAAUUUUUGAAAUCACAUUACUCUUUUUUCAUGGUUGAUCUUCUAAUGUGUAACAAUAUGCACAGCUGCAUCUUCAAUUUUGUUUCAGUUUCUAUCAGAGGUCUUUAGCAUACUGUGUGUUCAAAUAAAUUUUGAUUUAUUGAAUUUUAGUAUGGAAGAUUAUUAAUGGACAAUUCCAAAUUGGCUACUUUUCAGAUUACUGGGACAUUCUGAUGUCAGAUUGCUGAACAUUUCAGUUUAUCAAGUGCUAAUAAAGUUUUAAAUGUUAAAAAAAGAAAAGCUAUUGAUAACAAGUCUAUUUAAUAU